AUGGAUUAUGAAAAACUAUCUGAAACAUCAACUUUAAAGGUUAGAUUAUCGAAAGAAACAAAACCUUUUUAUAUUUCAGUUGAUAAAUCUUCGCAAUCGCAUUAUAUUAACUCUGUUUUAGCUUCAAUUUUUGAUCGACCUCCUUCAACUUACUUUAAUUUAAGUAGAGACGAUGAUAAAUCACUUUCAAUCAACUUAACCCAGUUCGAUACAAUCGAUGUUCCUAAAAAGAACUCAUGUACUCUCGCAUAUAUUACAUCUGAUUAUGAUUUCGAUGCAAAAUUCAAAGCACUCUAUGAUGCUGGUGUUCCCAUCCCGAAGAGUGUAUACAACGAAGAAAUUGCUGAUUAUUUAUUCGGCCAAAAACUUUUAGAUGUUAGUUCUUAUCAACCAACGCUGUUUUUGCAAAGAGUAUUAGCUUUAUCUAUCAUAGACAUCAUAAAUGAUAAACCACCCAACGCUUUUACAAUUUCUGUUGUAAAUUCAAUAGAUUUUUCACCAACUUCUGUAUUUAAACCAGUUGUCAUUACAAAUGCAUUAAUCAACGUUAUUAUUGAUGUGUUUGGCGAAAUAUGCCUAUGGGAUGAGUCAAAUGACCCUAAAACAAUGCCACAAUUUAAUAAAUUUGUUGGUUUGCUUGCUGCAACUGUAGCUCGCUCCAAACGAACGAAUUCAUGCAUAAGAGAUGCUUUAGACCAGUUUUGCCCUUCAUAUUUCGCAGAAUCUUUCAUUACUUUAUUUGUUGCAAAAAUUCAAACGAGAUUAACAGAAACAGAUACGUUCCGGGUUCUAAGUGAAAUAUUCGGUGAUUUCUGGAUAAUCAGAGCAUUCAGAACAAGAAAUUUACUGAAUAAUUUUAUUUACAGCUUAAAUACAAUCAGUGUACUUCCAUACGUAGGCAUAUAUUGUAUAACAGCCGGAUUUGCCCUCGAUGGCCAGAAUUCAGCCCCUGCUUCGAUUUCUAUUUUACAAAUUGGCAGUACAUCGUUAUUUACAUCAUCCAGAGUAGCUCCAAUGGUCAUUGACCCCAUACUAGAGGCUAUUUACUCACAACCAUUGAGCAGCGACUUACCAUUUUUGGAAAUGACUGAACAACAGUUAAUUUCCGUUAAUAUUAAGCUAAAUGCUGCUCUUCCAAUAUUCCAAGCCACAAUCACUAAAAGUAGAACAGUUCAAAACGCUGUUUUAGAUUAUAUUGUUGAAAUAAUUUCGAGACACAGCUUUGAGCCUAAAGGAUUGUUACUUACUAUAUUCUCAUUCUUAUUUGAGAAAGAUAUCAUUCAGCCGUCAGUUUUCAACAAUUGGAUGCAAAUUUCAUUUAAUUCUGACGGAAAACACGCGGCUCUUCUUGAAAUUAACUCAAUGCUGAUGACACUGAUUCCUGGAUCUUUCCCUCCAACAAACAAAGUUGAUCUCCUUCCGAAAAGAGCUGCCCAGCCAAAGGAAGGCCCCCCAGAUAUGGAUAUCCCAUUUUAA